AGAACUCCUUCCGCUCCUCCGCCACCACCGAAGAAAAUGACGCAGCGCACCUGACAGGCGCGUGUUUAGCCUGCUAGCUUGAGAACUACAUCUCUAAACGCUUAAAACCGGUCCCUCGCUUUCAAACUCUACACAUUUCCUUUGGAUAUAAAAGUGCUCAAAGGUCCCGAAUCAAGAAGAAAGGAGAAGACAAAGUCAGAGCAGCCAUGCAGAUCACACUGAAGACUUUGCAGCAGCAGACCAUUCAAAUAGACAUCGACGAUGACCAGACGGUGAAGGCAUUGAAAGAGAAAAUUGAGGCUGAGAAGGGCCGAGAAAGUUUUCCGGUAGCGGGACAGAAGCUGAUCUACGCUGGGAAAAUCCUGCAGGAUGAUACGCCCAUCAAGGAGUACAACAUCGACGAGAAGAACUUUGUGGUGGUGAUGGUGUCAAAGACAAAAGCAGCAGGACCGGCCGCUCCACCCUCAGAACCAGCCAAAUCUGUCGCUACACCUUCCUCUUCCUCUUCCUCCUCUCCUCCUCCUGUUCCGUUCCCUGCGGCCAUCCCCAUCGACGAGUGUUUAGAUGACCCUCCUGCAACCAUCUCGCCUGCGAGGAGCCCAGACGGUGGCACAGGUCUCGGGGCUGAUGGGGAAGAUGCGUCUUCAACAUUAGUCACAGGUCAGGAGUAUGACGCCAUGCUCACCAAUAUCAUGUCUAUGGGGUAUGAGAGAGAUAAAGUGGUGGCUGCACUCAAGGCCAGUUAUAACAACCCUCACCGCGCUGUGGAGUAUCUGCUCAAUGGGAUCCCUACUGUCCCAGUGCAGGAAACCAGACCUGCUUCAGCUCAGCUCCCCACAGACACACAGCCCGCAGAAGGUGAGAAUCCGCUGGAGUUCCUGCGCUCUCAGCCGCAGUUCCAGAGCAUGAGGCAGGUGAUCCAGCAGAACCCGUCCUUACUGCCGGCCCUCCUGCAGCAGCUGGGACAGGACAACCCUGAACUACUGCAGCAAAUCAGCCAGCAUCAGGAGCUCUUCAUCCAGAUGUUGAAUGCACCAGUGGGUGAGGGUGAAGGCGAGGGUGGAGAGGGCGGAGAGUUUGCAGAUCUGGGUGGUAUCGGUGACGAAGCGGCACCUGGGAGUUACAUCCCAGUGACGCAACAGGAGAAAGAAGCCAUCGAGAGGUUAAAAGCUCUGGGAUUUUCAGAAGCACUGGUGGUCCAGGCGUACUUCGCCUGUGAGAAGAAUGAGAACCUGGCCGCAAACUUCCUGCUCAAUCAGAAUUUCGAGGAUGAAUGAGAGUCGCAGAGAGCCCGCGUGCCCCUUCCCCCGUCACCACACAAGCGCUGCAUCUACUCGGGACACCGGUUUCCCCACAUUAUUUCUUUGAGUUUACAAGUCAAGGGGAGACUCGCAGACUGACGGGGCGGAAGCAAUCACUCGGUGAACAAAUUCCAAUGGAAUUGACAGCAUUUGGGGCACUCUAGCAUGUUGAAGAAGUGUGCUUGCACGUGUGAAUGUGUAUUCCCUUAGGGAUUAUUCGACUUAAUCCGCAUCAAUUGAAAGCAAACGCUCUCAUAGUAGUAUUAUGGGCUCUGAGGAGGUUAGAUGUGGGCAUACGCCUUUGCUUGUAUGUUUUUAGUUGGGAAAAGGAUUAAUAAUGUCUAAUGGAGGAUUUGAUAUAUUUCUCUAAAAUCUGAGAUAUUUCUGUAUUUUUCCCAGCACACACCUCUGAUGAAUGUGAUAACAGCAUUCAAAUAUGAAACAAUUAGUGCAAACUAGCAUUUUUAUAACAUUCUCAGCAAAACAAAUGACCUAAAUUGAUGCCGUUUUGUAAAUGAAUCCAUAUCGUGUGGAAUAUCAUAAUCUGAGUGAUGAUCAUUACUGGUUUGAAUGUACUUGAAUGGAAUAAACACAAUAGGUCAUUUGUCCUAUUUAAAGUCAACAUUAAAAGGCAAUUGCAAGCUGUUUAAUCUGAUGUAUUUGCAAGUUUAAGAGGAAAUCUAAUUCACAAAAAUGUAAAUGGAACUCAAAAAUUAGGGAUUUGUUCCUUCUUCCCUGACAUUAAGUUAUUUUGAUGAAAGAUUGCACUUUUAAAAAAUUAAAAUAACACCCUGUACAUUUUCAAAUUGUGCAUAAUUACAUGCGUACAUGCUGUAAGAACGUAAAUAAAGUCAAUUUCAUGUUGACUUUAAAAGCUUCUUGAUUUCCGUUAACUGUUGGAGCAAAACAAAUGGAACAGAUAUUAAUAAGGAUCAUUUUUCUUAGACAUUAGCUCUGCUUAUAUUAAUACGAGAGGACCAACCUGUAUGUUUAACAGCAACAAAGGUUUUUGGCACACUAGAGCUCACUGAAUUUCGGAAGCCAAAAGCAGAGACCUGUUACAGCAUGAUGAUGCUUUGUGCCGCCAAAUUCGUAAGUCCCGUCAAUGAGAGAUUUUCUUGAAUCAUACUGGUGUAAAGCUGACAAUGGGUUCAUGUAUUGAGAGUAAAGUCUUGUAACAUUCUCCUCUUACAGCAGGUUCAGCUGAUGGAGAGAGCCUUCGGCAGCAGCUCACCUUUACAUUGUUUUCACUCAUAGCAAUGAAAUGCUCCUUUAUAACAUAGUGGCCAAACUGCCAUACAGUAGACUUUUGUUUACUUAUCAGCAAGCCUACAUGAAGUCUGACCUAGUGGAUUUUUGGAACAAUAAAAAGUAAUUUUUGGUCAAAUAAUGUGUUAAGGUGGUGGAAAUCGGCAGAGCUUUGUGGAUGUAGACUUCAUGUAGGCCUGUUUUUUUAGUAAUUAAUCAUUUGAUUUACUAGAGCUUGAACUCCCCUGGGAUCAAUAAAAUCUUAUUGCCAAGAAAA